UGGGCGGCUGUCGGGUUCCUGGAGAGCGUGUCCUGCCAUGGAGCCUUUGCACAAAGACGCCGAGACCGCAGCGGCGGCGGCUGCAGUGGCAGCAGCAGAUCCCCGGGGGGCGUCGUCGUCCAGCGGGGUGGUCGUGCAGGUUCGCGAGAAGAAGGGCCCCCUUCGCGCCGCCAUCCCCUACAUGCCCUUCCCGGUGGCUGUCAUCUGUCUCUUCCUCAACACUUUCGUGCCGGGAUUGGGUACGUUCGUCUCGGCCUUCACCGUGCUGUGUGGGGCCCGCACCGACCUCCCAGACAGGCACGUGUGCUGCGUCUUCUGGCUGAAUAUCGCUGCGGCCCUAAUUCAGGUGCUCACGGCCAUUGUCAUGGUGGGCUGGAUCAUGAGCAUCUUCUGGGGCAUGGACAUGGUCAUCCUUGCCAGGUACAAGGAUCAAGGUAUCCCACAGCAGCUGUGAGCCUACAGGACCUGCCGGAGAAGUCCAAGGUCCUGUGUCAGCUGCACCAGGUGGCUUUGGGCACAAAGACCAUCACAUGUUCCCUUCUGCCACUUCUCAGAUUGGGGUGGAAAGAGAGUAUUUAAAAAAUACCAUUUAUUUUGAAGAACACACCUCCUUUCUCAGCAGGGUCUGAGGCGAACUUCUCUCCCUGCUCCAGAGAUGCAUGGGAGCCACAGGGCCAAAACCCGAGGACUGGGCUAGA